AUGGAAGAUAAAGCUAAAGAAAAAAACGAAGAAUGGUACGACGAGGUGUACUUUGAUUCCGAUCAAGACUCUGAAGAAGAAGAUUCGCCUGGCAUUGGCCUCAUAGGCAAGCAAAAAAAGAAGCCGAUCAUUAAACCCAAAAAAAAGAUUAUUAGCAACGAUGAAUUACUUUACGAUCCAGACAUGGACGAGAAAGAUGAUGAAUGGGUCUCCAAACAGAUUGACAUUGAUUCAUCCAGAGCUUCUGAGGAUAUACCACUGGACGAUAAAACGGAUGCUAUCUUAACCUGUCCGAUGUGCUUCACAACUUUAUGCUAUAGCUGUCAAAGGCAUGAAAAAUAUGCAAAUCAAUUUAGAGCUAUGUUUGUCCGCAAUUGCCACACUGUGCCCGGCGAGAAGUAUAAAAUGCAAGGUGAAAAAGACGAAUCAUAUUUCAAAGUGACUUGUGAGACAUGUGGAAUUCAAGUAGCCAUGUUGGAUGAUGAUGAAAUCUAUCACUUUUUCAAUGUGGUUGCUACUGGAAGAUAA